AUGGCGAAACCAGCGAACGCGGCGAUGUUACAACUCAUCGUCGGAUUCUUAGUCGGCGCGGUGUUUGUGAGCAUUUUUAGCGGCAGUGGAUCCAACUAUUCGCAAUCCGCGUACGGCUUAUCCGGUUUGCUCUCGCCGACGUUUGGACAUUACGACGAACUCUUUUUAGGAGACCAGAACACGUUUGACCCGCCGCAGAGGAAACCAGGGUACGUGUAUAGAUCUACGACGUACCAAUCGUUAUACGAUAAAACGUGGACGGAAGGUGGGUACCCGGCGCAGUCGUGCUGGGGGUGCCGAUUCGCCGUGGACGUGACGACAAAGUUGCAGUUUCACACGAUGUUAGACGCGGGGACCGGGAACGGCGCGUUGACGAGAUUGAUGCGUCAACACGGAAAGAACGCGUACGGGAUUGAGUUAUCAAGGGCAGUUUUGGAAAAAGAAUGCCCGGAUUUGUUGUCCAAGAACUACGUGGAACCGGGGAUUCUUACCAACUUGCCGUUUGAGGACAACUCGUUCGAUUUGGUCAUGUCCUCGGACGUGUUGGAGCACAUCCACCCGGAAGAGGUGGACCAAGUCGUCAAAGAAUUAGUCCGCGUCUCUAGACGUCACUUGUUUCUUUCCAUCUCCUUGAAAGGACACACCAAAGCUACCGCGGACAAAGACGACGAGGCGCACAGACACACCAUGCUCCGCCCGAGAGAAUGGUGGCACAACAUUUUCCGAAAACACGGCGCCGUCGUCAACGAGGAAAUGUUAUGGGCCAUGCAAGAAAAAGAUUUCUCUUACGUCGGAGAUAAACUCGGUGACUGCCGAUGGGAAGGUAAGCAAGACGACGGCGGCUUGUACGAAGUUUGCAACGUCGACAACAAGUGGUUGGUUGGGAAGAGAGAGCAGGAAAAUUUACGAAGAGACCGGUGCAUCACGAACGCGAACAAAGAGCUCGAGCCGUGGUUCUUUUCCUUCCGAAAGAUUCGAUAA